UUAGAUUAGUGACUCUUCUUUGACCGCAGGGUAAAACUCAUGACCUGGAAAUGAGCUGGAUCCUCAAUGCUCAUUUCGGUUGGUAGCCAUGUGCCUGCAGUGGGCAUCUGUUACUUGAGAUAACUGGUUGGGCACCUGUGGUGGGACUUGAGAUAAGUGAGUGAGUGAGAUAAGUGGCUUCUCCUCAAAAAUGAGGAACAUAGAGCUUUCUUGAAUGUCAAAUAUCUCGUGUUUGAUCAGUCCAUGAGCAAACAUACUAGGUAGCACUUCAGAACUGCUCGGCACAACUUCCAGAAGGAUAGCUGUGGGACAGAAUUUUGCAGAGCUGUGACAUGGGGCCAGUAGCUCUACGUCCCUUGCUCUGUUGGCUUUCCUUAGUGGAAGGAUCUAUGCAAGCUGAACCACCUUUCUAGCUGACUGGCAGUCUUUAUCUCUCCCUAGCACAAAGCUAGACUUAGCGGGAAGAAGCAUUCCUGUGGAAAAAUUGGGUUUGCUUCCAGAGCUUUCUUGAUUAACAUCACCUGAGUAUCGUGGAGUGGCGAGGAAGGAGGAAGAAGCCCUUUGUGUCAAAACUACCACCUGAAUGUACAUUAGUAGGUUUAACCCUGUAAUUAUCUACUGUGCCCAAUGUAUUGUGCUGAACUUUAAAUUAGAGAGACCAUGGUUUGAAGGUAGCCUUCUCUUCCCUUGCUGAGCUGCAGCUGAGACCCAGCUGACCCUUCCCUGUGUAAACUGAUGGAUGGUUGAAUCCUGCUAAUGGCUCGGUGCUUGUUCUUAAUGAUGGAAGCAAGCAAGCAAAAAUCUUUCCAGUGUGGAUGCAGGCCACAGUAUUUAAGAAACUUUUCUCAACAUUGUCAAAGGGUGAAACUAUCAGUUAUGUUCCCUGUGGUAGGUUGGUUAGCCAGUGUUUUUUUGUUUGUUUCUUUUAGGUUUUUUAGGCUUUUUCCAGGCUUUCUUUGUUCUUAACAACCUAUCUCUGACAUCAAUCACUUAGCUUUUUCCCUUACCAACCCCCUCCCAGGUCUUGAUAAAUAAUGAUUUAGAUCAUGAUAAAGAGUUUUUUUUUUUUUUUUUAAUCAAAUAAAACUCAUUUCUGUUUGACCCAGGUAAGCUGCAAGUGGUUCUCUGUGGUUUCCACCCUUCAACUACCAAGGGAGGAAAGUGCAUAAGCACCACAAGGAAUUUCUCAGGUUGCAAAUGGGAUAUCUUCCAUUGCAUCGCUGUUCUGUAGGGGUGAAGAGGGAGUCAGAUGUGCUGCAUGCAGAGCUUCCCCCUCCAUACACUGCCAUUGCAAGUCCAGAUGCCAGCGGUGUUCCUGUGAUAAACUGCCGUGUGUGCCAGUCACUCAUCAAUUUGGAUGGCAAGCUACACCAACACGUGGUUAAAUGCACAGUCUGCAAUGAAGCUACGCCAAUCAAAAACCCUCCUUCAGGGAAGAAAUAUGUUAGAUGUCAAUGUAACUGUCUCCUUAUCUGUAAGGAUACAUCUCGGAAAAUAGGCUGUCCAAGACCAAACUGUAGACGCAUCAUUACUCUUGGUCCAGUAAUGCUGAUUCCAGAAGAGCAGCCAGCUCAACCUGCCUUGCCAGUUCAAUCAGAUGGAACUAGAGUGGUGUGUGGGCACUGUGGAAAUACAUUCCUUUGGAUGGAACUGAGGUUUAACACGCUAGCAAAGUGCCCACACUGCAAAAAAAUUUCUUCUGUUGGAAGUGCACUGCCACGGAGGCGCUGCUGUGCGUAUAUCACAAUUGGAAUGAUAUGCAUCUUCAUUGGCGUUGGAUUAACUGUUGGUACACAAGAUUUCGCCAGGCGAUUUCACGCAACAUAUGUUUCUUGGGCUGUUGCUUAUCUCUUAGGUUUAAUCUGCCUCAUUCGAGCCUGCUACUGGGGAGCCAUUAAAGUCAGCUAUCCAGAGCACAGUUUUGCAUAGAGAAAUUGUUAGGUUAUAGAUGAACAUCUAGUAGUUCUGGAUAUUACAUCUUGGACACUUUUAAAACCUUUCCUAUAAGGAUUCCAUUCUGUUCAAGGUAGUUUAAAGACUGGGGGUCUCUAAGAACAAAUGUUCAUUGCACUACAUAAUAUGCAAAUAGUUUGUUUUGCUGCUAGAUUCCCUAGCUCUGAAUACUAAAGCUGUGUUUACAUGUUCAUAACUCUGUCUUUAUAGGCGUUGAAUUUUAUUUCAACAGACAGUAUUAAGUUUUACAUUUCCUUUGUUAAAAUCCGUCUGCCAUUUUUCUAGAUGAUCGGUAAGAAUUCAAAAGCAAGAGUGUUUAUAAGUGUUUCUACAGUAGCUUCACAUUUGUACCUAACAUUUUAACUAGAAUUAUAUUCAAGUGGCUUGCUUUAAAACCUAAGCAAUAAGCAUUAUGCUUGAACUGCUUUACUGCAUCUUUUGCCUAAGAUCAUAGUGACCUUAUUCAGGAAAUGAAAGUUGUGUGUGUUUAAAAGAGUGACACUGUUGCUAGAGAGACAUUUGUAAACACUGUAUGCUUGGAGACUUUUCAGGUAGAGAGAUACUAUUUUGGUAGUCCAAUUAAAUUCCCAUUUAUCCGGGGUUUGAUUUCAGUUAGGAUAAAUGCUUUCUCCUCAAGGAUCCUGGGACUGAGGUUUUGGGUUGUUUUAGUUUGUUUUUUAUUUUUAUUUUUUUUUUAACUGGCAAAUCCUAAAAGCCAUGCUCGGAUUAUGGAACUUAACUCUGGUUAUUCGUACAAGUUCCUUUACAGGGUCUAAGGGAAGCAUUUCAUGACUUGGUUUGUAAUACUUCAGCGUCAUGUAGAUGACAAUAAGACGGUGAUGGGUUGCCUCUUACUUUCCUCUGAUCACAUCGGAUUUUCCCUGCUUGGGAGAGUUAUGACACUGGUCACUGCAAAGGGAGACACUGUAAAUUCUCAUUAACUGCUGUAAUAAGGAAAUGAGUAAACUAUUACUUGGACCAUUCCAUCAAAGUACAUCUAGUCAAUUUAGCACUGACUUGCUAAGAGAAUACGGAAACAGAAAGUUUUUUCAAAUGAUGUAUUCACAAAGGAUUGAGGGACCAGUUCUUGCACUGCCCAUCUUUAUAAUUUUAAACAAGUUUUUGCUAAAUUCAGAAGGAAUGUCCUGAGUGAUUUAGACAACUGUAGUAAUUUAGAUAAUGGGGUCAGAUGGGUAAAUUAAUAUGGAUGUUUCAGGGAUACAUGUAAUUUAAAUUAUCUAUGUUCCUGCUAAGUCAAAAUGAUAUUCGGAUAAGGAUUUUGGAGCACAAUAAAUGUAAAUGAUCGAACUGUAAAUGAUCUGUCUUUGUAUGAUGCUAAAUGUAUAAAAGCAGUAGCUCAGGAUUACAAUGUACCUUUUACAAAUAAACUAAUAAAUAAAGAUUAUUAUUCAAAC